CUGUGGGUGGAAGUCGUCGGGCGGGCCGGUGCACGGAGCAGCAGCAGCAGCAGCAGCGUGGUCCUGUGACUCACUGGCACUCACCGGCGGAAAGAAAAGUUACUCUGAGUGAGUUCGUGGACGCACUGCCAACAUGUCUGGAGAUGACGAGACGCAGGAGCAGACCAUCGCCGAUGACUUGGUGGUCACCAAGUACAAGAUGGGCGCCGAGAUUGCAAAUCAGGCUCUGAAGACAGUCGUUGGCGCAGCUACGGCUGGAGUCUCCGUCCUCAGCCUCUGUGAAAAGGGAGAUGCCUUCAUCCAGGCAGAAACUGGGAAGAUCUUCAAGAAGGAAAAAGAUAUGAAGAAAGGUAUCGCUUUUCCUACUUGUGUGUCGGUCAACAGCUGCGUGUGCCACUGCUCUCCUCUGAAGAGCGACCCGGACGUCAUACUGAAGGAUGGGGACGUGGUCAAAAUUGAUCUGGGCGUGCAUGUGGAUGGCUUCAUCUCAAACGUGGCUCACACCUUGGUUGUCGGCCUCACCAAGGAGAACCCACUGACGGGGCGGAAGGCCGACGUCAUCAUGGCAGCUCACCUCUGUGCCGAAGCUGCCCUCCGUCUCGUUAAACCGGGAAACCAGAACACACAGGUCACCGAAGCCUGGAACAAGAUCGCAAAGUCAUUCAAGUGCUCCCCUAUUGAGGGCAUGCUGUCCCACCAGCUCAAACAACAUGUGAUUGAUGGGGAGAAAACAAUUAUCCAAAACCCAACGGACCAGCAAAAAAAGGACCAUGAGAAGGCUGAGUUUGAGGUGCAUGAGGUCUAUGCCGUGGAUGUGCUCAUCAGCACCGGAGAGGGGAAGGCGAAGGACGGUGUUCAGAGGACCACUGUUUACAAGCGAGACCCCAACAAGGUGUACGGCUUGAAGAUGAAGACGUCCCGGACGUUCUUCAGUGAGAUGGAGAGACGCUUCGACACGAUGCCUUUCACCCUGAGAGCGUUCGAGGACGAAGGCAAGGCCAGGCUGGGUGUGGUGGAGUGUGCAAAACAUGAGCUGCUGCAGCCAUUCAGUGUGCUGCACGAGAAAGAGGGGGAGUUCGUCGCCCAGUUCAAGUUCACCGUGCUCCUCAUGGCCAACGGACCUCUGAGAAUCACAAACAGCCUCUUCGAGCCAGAGCUCUACAAGUCUGAGCAUGAGGUGGAGGACCAGGACCUGAAGGCUUUGCUUCAAAGCUCAGCCAGCCGUAAGACCCAGAAGAAGAAGAAAAAGAAGGCUUCAAAGACAGUCGAGAACGCAACAGGACAGGCGAUGGAGACCGAAGCUGCAGAAUAGAUUCCCUCUCCAAUAAAUUGUGUCAGACAUCUCGAUGACCCAAAGAACAGACGUCACCAAUCCUUCUGUCCCAGCUGUCUGAGGCACUCGUGGCCGUAGCCGCUGUGAAUACCUCCGAAUCUAACUGAUGUCAGUCUGGGAUGAUGCUGCUCCUAAAUUCUGUCACUCCACCUUUAAACGCAGACCGCACACAUACUUUCCCGGUAAAAAUUCGCUGUCCUUGAGGCGGCCUCACUCUCUUCACGGUGGACACGGUUCUGCUACGAGAGAGGGUGUUUUGUACAAGGGCGUAUUCCAUCAUUCGACUGACCUCGAGCCUUCCAUUCAUUUCUCCACGAUAACUGUAGUGAAAGAUGUGGGAAGUAAAAUGAGUCUGACAGAGCGGCCAAGGAUGAUGAAUGCACAAUACUGUGUCAGUGUAACCGUGUGGCAUUUAGAUUUAGCUUCCUUUAGGUCACACACCUGAAGCCAUGCCUUUUGAAUUGCGUGUUGACUUGUCUCGGGCAUAAAUGUGGAAGACCUUGAUGUCACAUGACACACACACAAUUUACAGGCAUGUCGUCAUUACUAUUGAAAGCAGCUUAUUAAUGCAUUUUUACUCAUCUCGCUUACAGUACAUUUGUGCACCAAGUCAUUGUGUAUGCUUCUAAGCCAUCUACUGUAAGUCACUCAGCUAACAAUUUCUAAACCUGACAUUUUAGGACCUACCACUUGAGUAAUUUAACUAUGGGAAACAUGAAUUUUCUUUUUCUCAGUCGUGGAUGGUCUUGACGCCACCUGCCAAGGGUUCAGCAUUCAGUCUUCUGGUGCCACCACCGAGUCUGACAGUCUGUGUUUACAUGAGAAUUCCAUACCUGUUAAAUAUAUGGAUGCUUUUGUAAAACAAAUCCCAGUUUCAGAGACUAUUUUUGGAAACAUUAAACAACCACCUGACAUCAA